UCGCUCUAAAAAACAAGAAAAACUUAUUUCUUCUUCACCAUCCAAGUAUCUUGAUUUUAUUUUACAGUUUUAUAAUGAUAGAAACAAAGUGCUCUUUUCUCCUUUUCUUGUGAAAUCCUCAAGGCUCAUGCAGCUUAGCUAUCAUAAUAAAGUCUAUAUAUUUGGAGCUUUAGCUUUCAAGGGAGUUAAUUCUUUUUAACAAAAUAAUACUUUGUCUUUUUUUUUUCUCCCACCUCUCUGUUAAGAAUUAAGUUGGAUUUCAGUUUUUUUUUUUUUUUACCCUUUAAUUUCAAGAUUUCCAAGGUUCCAUUUUUUUCCCCAGCUUUUGGAACUAUUGUUCAGUGUUCAUGGAAGGUUAUAUUGGUUAUUGUUUCGGUUGUUAGGGAUCAUGUCAUUUCAUUUAAGCUUUAUGCUCGGUGCGGUGUGAAGUCAUUAUAAUUGACUAAUUUUACGUUGACGAUGGCCUACCACAACCGUCAUAUUUUAUCUGAGCUUAGGAGUUUUAUUUGAGUCUUCAGUUAAGUUGUAAAUGGUGAUGCUGAGUUACAAAUCAAGAAGAAAGGCUGACUACUAACUAGCAAACAAAGGUUGAUAUGGCAGAUCAAAGUUCUAAUUUUCCUUCUCCCAAUUCCACCCAUAAUCACACCAAUAAACCAAAUUCACCCUUUUUAGGUCCUCCAAGAAUUUUCAAUGGGCUUUUAACAAGAAGCCUAUCUGACACAGAAGCAACAAGAAGCACAUCUCAGUUCCAAACAAGUCGGGGUCGGGUGUAUGAUACUAACACUGUCAUUAGCCCAAAUUCCAUUCUUGAUGGCCAUGGCAUGCAAAAUUACAAUCUUCGAAAUCCUUUUGGUUAUGCCAGAAAAUCAAAAGUCCCCAUCACUAAAAAGCCUCCAAAUAACAAGUCGGAAUUAGAAACUAUUAAAACAACGACGAAAAACAUGCCUCGGUCUCAAGCAAGUCGGGUGUAUGAUGCUGAAUCCAUCAGUAGCCCAAAUUCCAUUCUUGAUGGCAUGCAAAAUUGCAAUCUUGGGAACCCUUUUGGCUAUGAUAAAAAAUCACCAAACCCCAUCUCUAAAAAGCCUCCAAAUGACAAGUUGGAAUCAAAAGCUAUUAAAACAACGCCUCAGUUUCGAACAAGUCGGGGUCAGCUGUAUGAUUUUGAAUCCGUCACUAGCCCAGAUUCCAUUCAUGAUGGCAUGCAAAAUCUCAAUCUUAGGGACCCUUUCGGUUAUGAUAGAAAACCACCAAACCCCAUCACUAAAAGUCCUUCAAAUAACAAGUUGGAAUCAGAAAGCAUUGGACUUGCUCUCAUUGAUCCUAUAGAAAAUAGUGAAAAGUUCCCUGUCUUAUUUGGAGCAAAGCUCAAAGUUGAAAUUCCCAGUUCUAUUGAGGUGAAAAAUACUUGUGGGGAUUUUGGUGAAAUGGAGAGUUCAGAGGACUACACUUGUGUGACCACUCAUGGUCCUAAUCCAAGAACAACUCAUAUAUUUGAUAAUUGCAUUGUUGAGAGUUGUUGUGGAGUCAGAAAGUUGUCUGAAUUAAUGAAGGAGAACACUUGCAACUCUUGCAAAGUUGAUCACACUGCGGGCAAAGACAUCUAACAUGGGUGACACAGCUUUUUGCAACCAUGAAUCAAGAGGAUGAUGAACCAAAAAAUGAAUGAUGAAUUUAGGACUAUAGUGAUUUUUUUUCAUGCUAAUCUGUUUUGUCACUUUAACAAAGAAUUUUGGCAUCUUUUAAUUAGUGGAUAUGAAUGAAGUCUAUUUUUCCAAUUUUGACAAGACCUAUGGUGGACCAAAUCUAACGUGGUUUUGUUGGAGUUUUCUUGACUUGUCUUUGUUGUAUCUUUCAACUAAUUGUCUUAUUGUUUAUCUUUUAGUGAUGAUGUAAAGUCUCGAGUACUCGUCUUGAUCAAAGUUUUAUGUAUUUGGUUGAUUAUA